AUGGCGAGGUAUCAGUUCGGCUGGGAGAAGGUGAUGUUGCAGGAGAUCCCAAUUGAGGCAACACUGUUAUGGAAACUUUCUGGUUCCCAGGCUCACAGUGUUUGGCCACACCACAAAUGUAACCAUUUAUUUCCAGGAGUUGAGAGUGGAAUCACAUCAUUUCCUGUAGUCAAGGGCACGAUAUCAUCAGCUGCCUUGCACUCUUGGAAUCCAGUUCCGUCAACUCUCAACACAUUGUGUGCUCCUGCUGAUUAUGAGGACAUUCUCCUUCCCAGAGAUAAGAAAUGGCCUUUUCUCCACAGAUUUUCAAUCGGUUGCUUUGGUUUUUCAUGGAAGUGUCUUAGUAGCCAAGCCGUCUUAUGGCGUGCACUUGCAGCAAGUCCAGCUACCCAGUUUCUCCACAUAAUACCAUUCAUCAACCUUGCCCUCUGGCUCUUAGCUCUUGCGAUCCUAAUUUAUGUUUCUUUCACCUACAUUCUCAAAUGCAUAUUCUACUUUGAAGCUGUCAAGAGAGAGUACUUUCACCCUGUCCGUGUCAACUUUUUCUUUGCUCCAUGGGUUGUGUGCAUGUUCCUGGCCAAUAGUGUACCCCCUCUGCUAGCACCUGAAAAUUUGCAUCCUGCCCUUUGGUGCGCCUUCAUGGGACCUUACUUCUUCCUUGAGCUCAAGAUCUAUGGCCAAUGGCUAUCAGGUGGAAAGAGGCGUCUUUGCAAGGUAGCUAAUCCAUCUUCUCAUCUCUCUGUAGUUGGAAAUUUUGUUAGGGCAAUUUUAGCCUCUAAAGUUGGGUGGAAGGAGGCAGCUAAGUUGUGGGCAGUAGGCUUUGCACAUUACCUUGUGGUGUUCGUCACAUUGUAUCAGAGAUUGCCAACAAGCGAACCAUUGCCUAAGGAGCUCCAUCCCGUGUACUCUAUGUUCAUUGCAGCCCCAUCUCCUGCAAGCAUUGCUUGGGAAACUAUAUAUGGUGAUUUUGAUGGGCUGUCUAGGAUACGUAUCAACUUUUUCACAGGGUUCGGGUUUUCAGUGGCAUUGUGGUCUUAUACCUUCCCCAUGACAACAGCAUCAGUGACAACAAUCAAGUACGCAGAGAAUGUCCCUGGUGUUCUAAGCAAGGGCCUUGCACUUGCACUUUCUUUCAUGUCAUCAACGAUGGUGGUGGUAUUGCUUGUAUUCACCCUUCUGCACGCUUUUGUUUGGCACACAUUAUUUCCCAAUGAUGUUGCCGUUGCCGUUGCCAUUGCCAUGAAAAAGAGAAGACUCGUCAAGGAAAAGAAACCCUUCGAGGAAGCCUGUGAUAUAUAGCUAUGGGCAAAGCAGGCUCGUAUCAAGCACAAUUCGGCAAACAAGGAUUUUAGUGGAGAGAAUGAAAUGGGCUCUUCUUCAAGCACAUUACCUUAACAUAUGUUAACGCCAAAUCUAAUAUAAUUUGUAAAGGCUUUGAUCAUUGUUCAUUAUGUCAUAUGGAUUGUGAACCAAAAAUGAAAGAACUGCAAUUUAGAAAUA